CUACAUGCUCAAGGCCCUCAAUUAUAAACUCAAACCAAAUUCUGAAACCUUAACCUCAAUACUAAGCAAACAGCAGGCGAAAGGUUCUCAUAGUGGGAGCUGGGAGUCUUGGAGAACCAGGGGCUGAAAGAGCUUGCCAGCAUCUAUGCAGUGAAUCAUGGGUGAGAGUUGAACCUACUGACUCUGAGUCCAGUGUUUCCCUCCCGAGGCCAUAAUUGUCUACCAAUCAAUUUUUAACUGUAUAUCCUCAGUGUAUUUUUCUGCUAGUGAACAGGAGCCUUGUCAUCCUCUUGUCUAAGCAAUCAGCCUGAUAGGUGGAAUGCAUCUGAAUAAUACGGGACUAUGGAGAACUAUCCUUUCCCAAAGUAAAAGCCAAGAGAGUGCCAAUUUUAUAUUUAUCGUAUGACUGGCCACAAGUUUCAGGAGAGUGGGUGUCCUGGUUGGAGUGGGAUCUUAGUGGAGGUCGAUGACCAUGAAUAGGGAUGUUAAGAUGGUUCCACAGAUGAGACAUGGCAACUGUUGAAAUGUUUCAGGUGUGGGCAAGAUGGAAAGCAACAUCUCCAACCCUAUGCAUGGACCUGAAGAGAUGCCCCAAGAGUCUGUUGGCUACACGGUUCUGUGGAUUCUCACUGUGGUGCUUGGGAUCACUUCUGUCCUUGGCAUUUUGGGCAAUGGGCUUUUGAUCUGGAUGGCUGGAUUCCGGAUGGCAUGCACAGUUAGCACCAUCUGUUACCUGAACCUCGCCUUAGCUAACUUCUCCUUCACUGCCACCCUACCAUUCCUCAUUGUCUCAAAGGCCAUGAGAGAACAGUGGCCUUCUGGCUCGUUCCUACGCAAGGCGGUUCACAUUGUGGUGGACAUAAACCUGUUUGGGAGUGUCUUCCUCAUUGCUUGCAUUGCCCUGGACUGCUGUAUUUGUGUCCUGCAUCCAGUCUGGGCCCAGAACCACUGUACUGUAAGUCUGGCUACAAAAGUGAUUAUCGGACGGCGGAUUCUUGCCCUAAUCCUCAUCUUGCCAGCUUUCAUCUUCUUGACUACAGUAAAUGAUGGAACAGGGAAUAUUUACUGUAGUUUCAACUUUGCACCCUGGGGCAACAGUACUGAAGAGAGGACAAAGUUGACUGUCUCCAUAUUCACAGCCAGCGGGAUCAUUUGAUUUAUCAUUGGCUUCAGCAUGCUAAUGCCCAUCAUUGCUAUGUGCUGUGGGCUCAUUGCUGCCAAGAUACGCAAAAGCAUGAUUAAAUCUAGCCGUCUUACUGCUGUUGUGGCUUCCUUCUUUUUCUGUUGGUUCCCCUUUCAACUGGUUGCUCUUUUAAGCACAGUCUGGUUCAAAGAGAUACUCUUGGUGGGUAAGUACAAAAUCCUUCAUGUCUUUGUUAAUCCAACAAGCUCCCUGGUCCUCUUCAACAGCUACCUCAACCCAAUGCUCUAUGUCUUUGUGGGCCAAGACUUCCAAGAGAGAUUGAUCCACUCCCUGCCUGCCAGUCUGGAGAGAGCCCUUAGUGAGGAUGUAACCCAGACCAUGACCCAGACCAGAACUAAAUCUGCUUUACCACCCACAGAAGCAGAGUUACAGGCAAUGUGAGGAGGCUGGAGGAA